AUGGCCACUCAAAAUUCGCUCGCCGUCGUGCUCGAUGGCCCGAGACAGAAGAAUGGACGGCAAGUUUUCGACAGCUUCGUGGAUCAGAACAGACAAAUGUUCUGGAAUAGGUCAGUCUCUUUUCAUUUCGUUUCAUUAAAUCCCAUUCCCUCUUUCCUUGCCGCUUCUCCAUUCCCACCUUCCCGUUUCAGAGAGCUAACGGCCGCCUGCGACGGGCUCGUCUACAUGGGCUUCUUGCGUCCCGGCACACUCUUCAUUUCGGGCGCCUCGCACCAUCUCGCAGUGCUCAAAGAUGCAUGGGCACGACGUAUUCUCAAGCCGGCAAUAGGCUACGCAAUCACAUCUUUGGGUGAGUAAACGCUUCUUUCAUUGUCUUUUCAUGAAUAGUUGGGGCAUCCCGGGGCUUCCUUAGUCAUCGAUAGUAGUCUGAUUGUAAUGGAUACUGUACGAGACGCUCUUCCCAAUAACAUUUUCUUCUUUUUCUUCUUCUUACUCGUCCUCUUUGUUCUGUGCGUUCAUCAGUAAUGAGAGGCAUCUGCUACAACCUCUUAAAUUAUGAAUAACAGGUGAUGAGUCGUGAAUUACAGGAGAUCUUGGAGCGAUCCAACAAGUUGAGCAGAUGCAUUUCGUUCCGCUCGGCGACGUCAUCUGCGAUGCCGUCGCCCAGUUGAACCGUCGUGGAAACGCCGCCAGCGAGCAAGCAAUCAGACAAUACGUGAUCCGCCACUGUCCCCAUGUGGCUCCGCCAAGAAUCGAUAUGGUAGGUCUACCUGGUCUGCUGAGCAGUGAAGUGAUUUACAAUCUUUGCAGGUACGCCAGACGAUCACCUCCCUGCUGGCGACCGGGUUCGUCUACCGAAUGGGCGAGCACUUCUUUGUUUCGGUGCCAACCAAGUCUCCGCCACCUCUGAAGCCAAAGGCGCACACAGUCGAGUGCCAGACGGGAGUCUCGAUUCUCCAGAAGGACUCUUCCUCAUCCGACGACAAUCAUCCGGGCGGUCCCAAGAAGAAUAACCGGCGCAGCAUUUUCGCCCGUCUGUUCUCUCGUGGACUGAAGCCGUCCGCGAUGCCGUCUGCUUCUCCGGUCGUCGUCGGAGGCACUCUCAAACAUUUCUCACUGCCCUCGCCGCCCCCGGUGCCUGCUGCAUUGCCAGUCAAGAAUAAGUGAGUUUUACGGCCGGGUGUUAGACGGGCGUGACCAUUACCCCCUGGGAAGAAGUUUGCGUGUGAGCCUCUUUUGUUCUCGCCGUUCAUCCCUUUGAAACGGAUUCCCGUCUUUGUGUCUCCUGCCCUUUGAUCCCUUUGUCGUACGGAGGUGUCAGAGCAAAGUAGACACCUUUGCGGUAAACUCAAAAGAAGAGAGUGAAUAAUCCUGAGAAACCGGCCAAGAGGACUGUUAGAAAGUGAAACAAGAGACAGUUAACAAAAUUUAUUGCGUGGACUAAUUGGCAGAAACUAGCGAAACCCGAUACGGUAGCUGGGGAAGAGGAGGAAGAACUGGACGUGUUGCGCGAGAGAGUCGGAACAACGGGUCCCUAUAAUUAGAAUCAUAUGGCUAGAGAGACCUGGACACUCACUUCUCUACCCUAAUUAAGACCGUCCUGUUGCAGGUUCCCGACUUAUCAUCAUGAUCUCAACGUGGAAUGUCACAAGAAACGCAGUGGAGAUCAACAGCAAAACCGCCGUCGUCGUCGUCGUGAUAUCAGAAGAAGCACCAGUUCCGACUGCUUCAAGUAUUAUCCAGUCGACAUGCCGGACGCUCUUCCACCAAAGUACACUGAGGAAGCUGUGAAGAAGCCAACGAGAAGACGUGCUCGCAUGGCCUCUCCAUUGAGAUGCUCCACUCCGAACGGAUCCGACUCGGCCUACUCGAUCUCGCCGCCGCACACCGAGGAUUCGAAUGAAGACGCCGGCAGCAUAAGCGACUCUGAAGUCAACCACACGUACAUCAACGUAAACAAGUACCGGGCGAGCUACGACUCGACCCAGUUCGAGGAUCUGACUGCGACGACUGCCGAGGUGCCGCAAGUGCUGGCUACCCAGAUGCGGGGCGUUCUCAUCUCUAACCUCUAA